AUGCCCUGCAGCACCAGGACAAGCAGCCCAGAAGCUCCACGCCUCUUAAGCCCUGCCAGCCUGUCUGCCUGUGGCCCCGCAGAGGUGCCAGAGAGCGAGCUCCCUGCCCGUGCUGACAUCAUCUACCGGCCCUGGUUCUCACCCUACAGCUACUUCAUAAGCACCAAAGAAGCCACCCAGCAGUCCCUGAGCAGCCUUUCCUCCAGCCUGGCUGCCACCACCACCACCGCCCACCAAGAGCACGAGGAGCUCGAUGACCUCUCAGAGACUGUCUGCUCCUCUAGCUCCUCAGACAAGGCCCAGCCCCCCGAGAGGGAGAGGCUGGGCAGCAGCAGCAUCACCAUCCAGGACAUCCUGACCGCCUCCCAGCAGCAGCCCCUGCCCCAGCAGGGCUACAAGUGCGUGUGCUGCUGCCGCGUCUUCCCCAUGCUCUGGUCGGUGAAGACUCACAUCCAGAACAGCACCCAGGAGGGCUACAGCUGCAAGGUGUACUACCGCAGGCUGAAGGCGCUGCGGGAGAAGGAGCAGAGGGAGCAGGAGGCUGCAGCCUGCCCCGGGGCAUCCCUGUAG